AUGAAAAAGUAGAUCUUGUAUCUCCUCGCCAAAGGACUUCUCCGACCAUCCACUUUGCCAUACGGUGCCCCAGUACUGUUCACACCGAAACCGGACGGGAGCCUGCGCAUGUGCAUCGAUUACCGAGCUCUCAACAAGCACACCAUCGAAAACAAAUACCCGAUUCCACGAAUCGAUGAUCUGCUUGACCAGCUUCGGGGAGCUACGGUUUUUUACAAACUAGAUCUGCGGUCCGGAUACUGGCAGAUACGAAUGGCGGACGACUCUGUUCACAAAACUGCCUUCCGAACUCGGUACGGAUCGUACGAGUAUCUGGUAAUGCCGUUUGGACUCACCAACGCACCUGCAACGUUCCAAGCAGAAAUGAAUCACAUCCUAUGCCCACUCUUGGAUGAAUGCGUGGUGGUGUACUUGGACGACAUCCUCGUCUAAGCAGCAAGCAGAAAAAAGGUAGGUCUGCUACAGCCUCUUCCUGUCCCAGAACAGCCAUGGCAAGUGGCCAGCCUAGACUUCAUCACCAGGCUACCAACUACCACAAACGGUCAUGACUCAAUCCUCAUCGUCAUUGACAAGUUCUCCAAAAUGGGACGCUUCAUCCCGACACACACGACAGCACGCACCGAGAAGACAGCACAACUCUUUGUUCGCUACAUCAUUUCACAACAUGGCAUUCCAACCACACUCAUCUCCGACCGAGACCCUAAGUUCACCAGUAAAUUGUGGAAAGUACUGAUGUCUCUACUCAGAACCAAACUCGCCAUGUCAUCCGCAUACCAUCCACAGACAGACGGCCAGACUGAGCGUCUUAACCAAAUUGUAGAGCAACUACUCCGAGCAACCUGCAAGGAUGAAAUCUCCAAAUGGGACUUGCAUCUGCGCAUACUAGAGUUUGCCUUCAACAACGCUGCUACUGGAUAGACGCCGUUCUUUUUCUGUUACGGA